UCUAUCACAGCGUUUUGUGUUUGACCAGAGCGGUUAUUACCAUUGCUGUGCUUCCAUACCUUUUCCCGGAGAACACAGAGACUGAGAAGAAACAUUAAACCAGCCAGAAUCUCUCAUGUCUCUUACUAUUCGAAUUAUUCCACCCGCCUACAACCAAUGGUUAAAAACGGGUUAUCUCAAAAGACACUAUUAAAUAAGUGUAAAUCAGAAGGUGGAACAAACGAACAAAACCCGAUCAAACGUAAGGGCCCAAGCCCAUAAACAAAACAAUCUCGGCCACCAAAAAGGGGAAAGUCACGACGCUUGGUUUUAAUCAGCAAUUCAAAAUUAAUUUCCAUAAACCAAUUAAAGAUUUGGAAAGUCCUAUUCCUAGGUUAGAUUUGACAACCUUUUCCCUAUAAAAAUAAGGAGAGAGAGACAUAACGCUUUUUCCACGUCAGUUUGAGACGCUUUAGAAAGAAGAAAAACAGAGAUUUAUUUAUUGGAAUCUUCGACGGAUUGCUUUUUUCAGACAUCAGUUUGAGAGGCUUUAGAAAGAAGAAAAACAGUUUGGGAUUUUGGACGGAUUGCUAAGGUAUGUCGUCAUCUAGAAAACUGAAGAUGAUGAGAAGAAGAGAGCUUCCUUUUGAAUUAGUGGUUGAAAUACUCGCUAGGGUUCCUGUUAAGGACUUAAUACGGUUUAGAUGCGUCUGCAAAACUUGGCGUUCGUUGUUCCAAGACGAGCGGUUUUAUAGACAGCACAUGACUCAUGCCCCAACGAGGAUUGUGUCGUUCCGUCUUUCGGAUAUUCUACUCGGUCGUUUUUCUUGUGAUAAUAGUGGCAACAAGGCUGAGAUGAUACUCCAAGCGAAUAAUAUCUUGAACGCUAGAGGUGAGAGAUUGGUUAUCGAUGCUUCUUUACUUGGUCACUGCCAUGGACUGUUUUGCUUUUGUUUUGAUAAUCGUAUUUUUGGUGUUUGGAACCCGUCACUGAGGGUAUUAAGAGAAAUACGCAAACCUGAUGUCCGUGAAUGGUCUGAGAUGGGUUUUGGGUAUGACCCCUCAAGUCAAGAUUAUAAGAUUGUAUUGCUUCUUAAGAAGCAAGGCAUCCACUCUGAAGCACUUGUGUUUUCCUUAAAGUCAGAGACUUUCAAAUUCUACCCAGGUCCGAGUAAUUGCGGUAAAGGAUUUCCUGAAGUUAUAGCGGGCGGGUUGAGAGGAGGCGGCCUAUGUACAGUAGGGGUUGACGCCCUGUCCGGUGGUUUAAUCGUUUGGUCUGCCCAACAUGACGACAAGAUUGGUGGUGGUAUCAAAUCUUGGAGCAAGAUUUGCAUUCUCUCGCCUGGCAUUCUUGAAAUCUCGACUAGUUGUCGUAUACAUCGCAUUUUUGUAGUGUCUGCGAUAACUUAUGCAGGAUUGCUACUAGUUUUAGUAAAUAUUGAUGGGAAAGAAUCAAUGAAAAGAGAGUCAAAACU